AUGGAGAAUAUAUCAUUUUCUAUCGAAACAGAGUACCCUUACAAUAUGUGUGAAUGCUACAAGCACUACAAAAAUGUUUUCAGAGAAUAUGUCUACAACCAGACCAGGUUGUGUGAUGGAACAUCAUCUGAAGAGGACAUUUACGAUCUACUGAGUCUCUACAACAUUUCGUUCACCGGUUUUCGGAAAAGGAGAGAAACUGAAGAAGAAGCAGUUGAUUACGAGAGUAUUCUGUAUUGGAUCAAUUUUAGUCUGCUAAUCGUCGGAAUUCUGCUAAAUAUACUCGUUUUGUUUUACGAUCUCGACGAAAAUCGACUUUUGACUUCAUCACUUUUCGUCUGCCGCUCUGUUGAGUUUCUCCCCGAAGCAACUCUGAAUUCUUCGAUGAUGGUUUUGGUCAUUUUCUCGCUCUUUCGACUUUCCAUCGCCGGCUCUUUCAAAUUCAUCAGACGUUUCAACUCAUUUCUUUUGAUUUGUUUCGCUGUUUUCAUUUCCCUUCUGAUGGCUCUCCCGAAAAUGAAAGCAGCAACGAUCAAAACGCCCUUCAAUUGCCCUUGGAUGGAAGGAAACGGUCCAAAAUGCGAUGUUGUCUGGAGCUCAUUUUCAGAAAAUCAAUGUCAAGCGAUUUUCGAGGAAAAGAAAAUCACCGAAAAAGAAGAAAUGGAAGAAAUUUGCAAUCUGAAACAAAAAUAUAAGUCUUCCUCGUUCACGUCCUGUGAUGAGCCCUACACGUCUUUGAUAAUGACACCUUUUGAUCAUCCUUCUUUUGGAGAGAUUUUUUCUGAACCGAGGAUACUUUUCUUUACGUUUCAGAUUAUUUUCUGUCGACUUUUCCCGUUCACGAUUAUUGCUUGGAGCUUGAUCAAAGUCAAAAAGACAGUGCAAUCGUCUGCUAGACAAGUUGCGUCAAUAGGAACAUCCACGAGCCAUCGAUCAAGCACCGUGGAGCGCGAUCUUCAUCAGACUUUGAUGCUCUUUCUGACGUCCAACGGGAUUGUUCUUGGAUACAACAGUGUUUACCGACUUAUUCGGAUGUUCUUUCGCGUUGAAGACGAAAAUGCUUGCAAAGCGCUCACUAGAACUGAUGAUAUUCUAAUGUCCUUGCUGCCUGCUUUGAACGCUGGCUUUGAUGAGGACUUGCAUCGAGAUUGUGAUGACCUCUGUCGAGUAGUCUUCACGAGAUGUCGUUUGCUCUGCGAAAGUGAAGCUUGUACUUCUGAUUGUGAGGAUGAAUACGAAGUCUGUUUCAAGGGAUGUCCUUGUGCUGAAAACUGUCCUCAAGGGUGUGUUGGUUGCGAGAAUAUCUUCUGUGGAACUGAUUCGAUUUCAACAGGACUCGAUACUACAACAACAAUUACAUCUACAACAACAACAAGAACUACAUCGACGACGACAACAACUACCACGACUACGACUACAACGACGACCUCAACUACAACAAGAACAACUACGACAAUGACAACUACGACAACGACAACUACGACAACCGCGACAUCAACUACAACAACAACAACAAGUUCAACAACUACAACUACCAAAAUCAGAGAAUUCGUGAAUCUCAAGCUCAAUAAACAGGAAAUUAAGGAAGUUACCAUCUACAGUGGUCUUCAAGACGUCCUUGCCGCUGUAGAUAACGGUGAAAUGUAUGCUUUUAUUGAAGUCGAAACUCUUUCAAACGGCCAUGUCCGAGGCUACAUCGAGUCAGAAGAUGGUCGUAAAUGGAAAAGAGGAAUAACUGAUCUUGUCGAGCUAAGCCAAAUAAGAGGAACGACAUGGAGACUGACUCCACACCCGACCCAGCCCGGAAAAUUCCAAAUCCACUUCGACGAAAAUUACUGGUACGAUCAAGAUCCCAACACAAGACGAGGAAUCACUACAAAUUCUUACUGGGAGCCGGGAGUCUCUGUUUUAGAAGUAGCUCGAAUUUCGUUCUCGGAAUCAAUCCUGAUGGAAGAUGAAGAGUUUUUAUGGACUGUUGAAUAA